AUGAAGGCCAGCAAGGCGCUCGAAGGGGACGGAGUGCCCCUGCCGCUGCUCCGCCGGGACACCGGCUUGAUCCUGACGAUGUCUCAGGAGCAGGCCGCCUGCCUCCUGGCCAACGCCUUCUUCUGCACGUUCCCCCGGAGCAACGCCACCGGGACCCGGAGCGAGGAGCUCUGCCUGCCCCGACAUCAACGUCAACAGCUGCGCGUAUUCUGCGGGUCGCUGCUGGACGGAAUGUUCACUCAGCAAGCGCGCGUGCUGCUGCUGGGUUUGGACGCGGCCGGGAAAACCAGCAUCCUGUACAAGCUCAAGCUCGACGAAUCCGUGGUGACCAUCCCGACCAUCGGCUUCAACGUGGAGACCGUGCAGCCCAUCAGGAACGUCACCUUCACCGUGUGGGACGUGGGCGGCCAGCAGAAGAUCCGCGCUCUCUGGAGGCACUACUUCCAGAACACGGACGGGCUCCUCUUCGUGCUGGACAGCGCGGACCGGGAGCGCUUCCCGGAGGCUCUCAAGGAGCUGGACGCCAUCCUGGACAGCCCCGAGAUGACGCGGGUGCCCUUCGUGCUCCUCGCCAACAAGCAGGACCUCCCGCGGGCAGCGGCCACCGCGGAGGUGGCGGAGGCGAUGAAGGCGGUGAAGACGCGGCACGGGCGCGAGUGGCUGGUGCAGGGCUGCUGCGCCCGCACCGGAGAGGGCCUCCUGGAGGGCGUGGGGCAGCUCUCCCGCUUCAUCCGCAACUCCAGAGCCUCCUCGGGGACAAAGUGA